AUGGCGGACGCCGUCGUCGCCGCGAGGCGCGAGUCCAUCCGCAAGCUCGCCGAGCUCAAGUCCCCGGUGCCCGCUGACAUCGACGUGGCGCAGGCGGCGACGGUGGUGCCCAUCCGCACGGUCGCCGCGGCGUGCGGCCUCACCGAGGCUGACUACGAGCCUUACGGCCACUACAAGGCCAAGGUGUCGGAGAAGGUGAGCGAGAAGCUCAAGGCGGAGCGCGGCGAGGGCUACUACGUCGUCGUCGCGGGCAUCAACCCCACGCCGCUCGGCGAGGGCAAGUCCACCACCACCAUCGGCCUGGCGCAGGCCAUGGGCGCGCACCUCGAGAAGAACUGCGUCGCGUGCAUCCGCCAGCCCUCGAUGGGCCCCACCUUCGGCAUCAAGGGCGGCGCCGCGGGCGGUGGAUACUCGCAGGUCAUCCCGAUGGAGGAGAUGAACCUCCACCUCACCGGCGACAUCCACGCCAUCGGCGCCGCGAACAACCUCCUCGCCGCCGCCAUCGACGCGAGGGUGUUCCACGAGCUCACCCAAAAGGACGAGGCGCUGUACGACCGCCUCUGCCCGCGGAAGAAGGACGGAACCCGCGUCUUCGCCGCGUCCAUGCUCAAGAGGCUUCGAAAGCUCGGCAUCGACAAGACCGAUCCCGACCAACUCACCGCGGAGGAGCGCGCCGCGUUCGCACGCCUGGACAUCGACCGCGAGAAGAUCUCGUGGCGCCGCGUCGUGGACAUGAACGACAGGUUCCUCCGCAAGAUCACCGUCGGGCAGAACCCCACGGAGAAGGGGUACACGCGGGAGACGGGUUUCGACAUCACCGUCGCGUCCGAGAUCAUGGCGGUGCUCGCCAUGACCACCUCCUUGGCCGACAUGGAGCGAAGGCUCGGCGCGAUGGUCGUCGCGCCCGACAUGAAGGGCGAACCCGUGACCGCGGACGACCUCGGGAUCACGGGUGCGCUCGUGGCGCUCAUGAAGGACGCCAUCAAGCCGACGCUGAUGCAGACCCUCGAGGGGACCCCGGUGCUCGUGCACGCGGGUCCUUUCGCCAACAUCGCGUCCGGCAACUCAUCCAUCAUCGCCGACCAGAUCGGUCGCGCGAUGGUGGGCGCCGGCGGGUACGUCCUCACCGAGGCUGGAUUCGGCGCGGACAUCGGCCUGGAGAAGUUCAUGAACCUGAAGUGCAGGAGCAGCGGCAUGAAGCCCCACUGCGCCGUCAUCGUCGCCACCGUCAGGGCCCUCAAGCUCCACGGCGGCGGGCCCGCGGUGUCCCCGGGCAAGCCCCUGCCGCACGAGUACACCAACGAAGACGUCGAACUCGUCAAGAAGGGCGUCGCGAACCUCACCAGACACAUCGAGAACACCAAAAAGUUUGGCGUCCCCGUCGUCGUCGCGAUGAACAUGUUCCCCACCGACACCGAAGCGGAACACGCGGUGAUCAAGGAGGCCGCCAUGGUCGCCGGCGCGGACGACUGCGUGCUGUGCACCCACCACGCGGAGGGCGGCAAGGGCGCGGCGGCGCUCGGCGAGGCUGUCGCGAAGGCGUGCGAGGCCAACGCGGGCGCCGAUAACUUCAGACUCCUGUACGAGGGCGAGACGAGCAUCAAGCACAAGAUCGAGACCAUCGCGAAGGAGCUGUACCGCGCGGACGGGGUCUCUUACUCGGAGCAGGCGGAGGCGAAGAUCGCCAUGUUCACCGAGCAGGGCUUCGGCGCCCUACCCAUCUGCAUGGCGAAGACACAGUACUCGUUCUCCCACGACGCGGAUCUGAAAGGCGCGCCGACGGGUUUCACGCUUCCAAUCGGCGACGUUCGAUGCAGCGCGGGCGCGGGUUUCAUCGUUCCCCUCGUCGGCGCGUUCCCCACGAUCCCGGGCCUGCCCACGAGGCCGGCGUACUACGAGAUCGGCGUGGACAUGGAGACCGAGCAGGUCCUCGGCCUCUCGUAA